UGUUCUCCUCAUUAUAUUUGGUACUAUAUUCAUUAUAUAAAGUCUUUUUUACAUUAUAUCGUGUGCAUUUUACAUUAUAUACAGUACCUCUUUCAUUAUAUCAUGUACUUAUAUCACUAUAUUAUGUACAUUUCUCAUUUUAUGAGGUGCUUCCAACAUUAUAUGAGGUGCUUGCAACAUUAUAUGAGGUGCUUCCAACAUUAUAUGAGGUGCUUCUCACAUUAUAUGAGGUGCUUCUAACAUUACAUGCGGUGAACUUAACAUUAUAUUAUGUACUUCUCCCAUUACAUACAGUAUAUUCAUUAUUAUAUGUGGUAUUUCUGUUAUUAUGAUGAUGAUGAGCGUUAAAUAUUAUGUCCGGUCCUGUAAGCCUUACGUGCGGUAGAUUUUGCAUUUCGUUGUGAUGUAGACACAGUAUUAUAUGCUGUGCUUUCGUCUUUAUGAUGAUGAUCUUUCGGAAGUUUAUUUUCGGAAUCUCUCUGGAAUAUGACGAUCUUUCAGCUCAUUUGGGAACGAUAUGGAAAAUAAAAUGGAUGAUAUUUUACGGGAGCUUAAAAUGGCUCAAUUUACAGAUGCUUUCAAGAAAGAAAAGAUCACACCGGAUAUUGUGUGUUUCUUAAACCGCAAUGAAAUGUUGCAGCUUGGAUUACAUCCUCAGGAAAUGACGAAACUUAGAAAUUUCUGCAUAAAUUACGGAACAAAGCAACCGACUCGUCAGAUAUCUGGUUGUGGUGCAUCAAAGUUUUCCAUUCCAAAAGAUAUUUUGCGAAAUUUCAUAGAAGAUGGCUUUUCUAUUUCAAAUAUUGCCAGCCUUCUUUCGGUGUCGGAGAAAACAAUAUAUAGACGAAUGCAGGAAUACAAUCUAAAAAAGCAGGUGUAUACAGAUAUUGACGAUAGAGAAAUAACAAAAAUAGUGAAAGAUUUAAUAGAAGAGUUUCCCUCAUGUGGUGAAAUAAUGCUUGGACACAUUCUGCAACAAAAGAAUAUAAAGAUAGAAAGAGCAAAGUUGAGAUUAAUUUUGCAUGAACAUGAUAAAGAUGGAAUAAUGGCUCGGAGAUCCGGACGGUUGCAGAGGAGGACAUACCAGUCACAAGGGCCAAAUCAUAUCUGGCAUAUUGAUUCUAAUCACAAACUUGUUAGAUGGAAUUUUAUAGUAUCAGGUGGUAUAGAUGGAUUUAGCAGAAUGAUAGUCUUUUUGAAAUGUGAGGACAAUAACAAAGCGGACACUGUGUUUAAAUGUUUUAUGGAAGGAGUAAAAGAUUUCGGGGUUCCAUUGCGUGUACGUACAGACAAAGGAAUGGAAAAUAGUAAAAUAGCAGAUUUUAUGAUUGAAAAGAGAGGAUCUUCUAGUAUGUUACUGGGGAAAAGUGUGCAUAACCAGCGCAUAGAAAGAUUGUGGAGAGAUGUUUUUAAUGGUGUUCUUGGCUAUUAUUACAGAUUGUUUUAUUUCAUGGAGGAGGAGGAAAUUCUAGAUCCCUUGAAUGAAAUUCAUCUACUCGCUCUUCAUUACAUAUAUUUACCAAAAAUAAACGAAAAAUUAAAGCUGUGGUCAAACGCAUGGGCCACUCACAAAUUACGUACUGUGAAAGCUAGUCCCGUGUGUCUUUGGACUGCUGGAAACUUUAAUAACCCUGUUGGGGAUGAUGUUUCUGAUAGUGUUGACAAUUUAUUAGAGCAUGGAUUAAAUGAGUUGGAGGAAAACCCUCGGCCUAUUUUUGAAGGACUAUCUUUGUUGAACCCACUUUGCUUGGAAGAAUUAGAAAGGAGAUGUCCAGCAACAUGGACAUCUAUAAAUCAUGGGAUAGACAAAUAUCAAAUUUGUGUAGAAGUUUUGAAGAGUUUCAAUUUUUGACUUGUUUUAUUCAAUUUCCAUGAAUUGUGUAAUUUUUGUUGUAAAAAAACGAGGUCAAAAUAUUUUCAACAUUUAUGUCAUAUGCUCCUGGACUUUUCAAUAUUCAUCAUAGUUACAUACAAGUCCAUGUACAUACACAUAAUAUUCUGACUCCAUCUUCCUCCUUUGUAUACAUGUAUUUAAAACAUAAAUGUUGCUAACAAUAAAGCAAUUAAAUCAAAAUCAAUUAUUUGUUUUAUUUCAAAGGAAUUAUACAAAAUAAUUGUGAACUUGUAAACAAAUUAACAAAGUUGCAAUAGUUGGUUGUAACUUAAGAAAUGCAGAUUACAAUAACUCAGUAACAAUUUUAAAAAAUUACAAUGCAAUUCCUUUGGUCCUCAUCACAAUUAUAUGCAACUUAAUUAUGACCAUGACACCCCCUCUAGUCAUAAGAAACCUUCGUGUAAAGUAAGAAACCUUGGAUUUUUACUUUGUCUAAAUGACCCUGCAACUAAUACAAGACACAUAAUAUGAUAAUGAACUUCUUUUGUCAUGAAGUUUUGAGAAUUUCUAUAUGCUACAAAUAAGAUGGGUGAACAAGACAGGCCAAAUGCCUAUAAUUUACAA